GAGCCCUUCUUGAUCUUCUCACCAUCUUUCAUUUCUCUUUAAUUUUCUUGCUUAAUUGGUUCAGCUAUGGAGUUGGGCAGCGCUCUCCAGUUUCUUGACAACACCACCAUUCUUGUCACCGGCGCCGCCGGCUUUCUUGCAAAAAUUUUUUUGGAGAAAAUACUCAGGGUUCAGCCAAAUGUGAAGAAGCUCUACCUUCUACUAAGAGCAGCAGACACAGAGGCAGCUUUACAACGUUUCAACACUGAGAUUAUUGGGAAGGAAAUAUUCCAAAUCCUGAAAGAGAAGUGUGGGAAUUCCGUAAUUUCAGAGAAGGUAACAGUUGUAGCUGGCGACGUUUCGUAUGAGAAUUUAGGGGUUAAGGAUUCCCAUUUGCUGACUCGAAUGUUGAGUGAAGUAGAUGCUGUCGUUAAUCUAGCUGCAACCACUAAGUUUGAUGAAAGAUACGAUGUGGCACUGGGAGUUAACACCAUGGGACCUAAGCACGUAUUAAACUUUGCCAAAAAAUGCCCUAAAUUACGAAUUCUUCUUCAUGUAUCUACUGCAUAUGUAUCUGGUAUAAAGGAAGGGUUAAUAGCAGAGAGCCCAUACAAAAUGGGAGAGGCACUAAAUGGGAAAUCUGGUCUUGACAUUGAUGAAGAGAAGAGGGUGAUGGAAGAAGCAUUAAGAGAUCUAACUCGUGACAAUGCUUCACAAGAAUCCAUCACCUCAGCCAUGAAAGAUUUGGGAAUUCAAAGGGCAAGGAUGUAUGGGUGGCCAAACACAUAUGUAUUCACAAAAGCCUUGGGAGAGAUGGUUUUGGGGGAGUUUAAAGAAGAUUUGCCAGUUGUUAUUAUACGUCCAACCAUUAUUACUGGCACAUACAAAGAGCCUUUCCCUGGAUGGGUUGAAGGGAUCAGAACAAUUGAUAGCUUGGGACUUGGUUAUGGUAAAGGAAAACUAACAUGCUUCCUUGGUGAUCCUAAAACCAUUACAGAUGUGAUUCCAGCUGAUAUGGUGGUGAACGUGAUGAUAGUAGCAAUGGUGGCUCACGCCGAUGAACGAGGCAGCGGUGAGAGCAUAUACCACGUGGGAUCGUCGGUGUCGAACCCGAUCGAGUUCUCGCGCAUCCAAGACUUCGGCUACCGUUACUUCACACGGCACCCAUGGAUCGGAAAAGAUGGAAAGGCGGUGAGAGUUGGGAAGGUGACUGUGUUAAGCAGUAUGGCUAGUUUUCAACGAUACAUGACCAUCCGUUACUUGCUCCCUUUGAAGGGUUUGGGAAUAGUCAAUACAGCAUUUUGCAAGUAUUUCCAGACAACAUACAAUGAGAUGAACCUCAAAAUCAAGUUUCUAAUGAGGCUUGUAGACCUUUAUGGACCAUACUUAUUCUUCAAGGGGGUAUUUGAUGACAUGAACACAGAAAAGCUGUGGAGAGCAGCAAAAAGAGGAGGCAUUGAAACUGAUAUCUUCUAUUUUGAUCCAAAAGUCAUCAAUUGGGAUGAUUAUUUCCUGAAAGAUCACAUUCCUGGAGUUAUAAAGCGCAAUUACAAGUAAUUAAUUAAUUAAUGAAGCUGCAUAAAUAUUGUUUAAUUUCAGAAACUUGAAAUUAUGGGCUAAUUAACUUUAUUAUGGGAGGGACAUAAUCAUAGAUUUUAUAAAUCUCUGUCUGUCGUCCAAGAAUGAAGUUAGCAGAAAGUAAUCCAGCUGCAUUCCGUUAUUUUAGACAAUCUUAAAACGUGUUAUGAUCAGUGAAUGGAGAUAUUGAUGUUCAAUUCCAUUAUCAUCAGUUUUUAAUUUGUUGUAUUCUCCUGGAUUAAUUCACAAUUAAAUGGAUUGUUUGUGCA